AUGGUAAAAAAAAUCAGCAUAACUAAAAAACUUAUUGAUAAAUACAAAUAUUGUAAAGUCAGAGACGAUAAAGUCAAAUUUAAGUCAAAUUCCCCUAUAUUCAAAAUCGAUACAAAAGACUUAAUAUUUACAUUAACAAAAGGAUUAAUAGAUUUAAUGAAUGGUGGGUAUAUUCACAUUGCCGAUUACAAGGAUUUAGUAGCAUACUCAAAAUUUCUUCAUGCAAUUAGGAAGUCAGGACCCGACACAAGAAGAUUGAAAGCAGUUGAUCUAUACAUAAAAAAAGUUAUUGGUGAUGAAAAUGAAGAUGAGGAAUCAGAUGAUGAAUAUGAAGUUGACGAAGCAGAUGAUUAUGCUGAAGACAAUUCAAUCACACAAGAAAUAGACGAAUUCGAAGAUAUGGUAUCUGGGCAAGGUAUAACGUUUUUAUCAGACAACAACUCAGACAAUAGAUUACAAAUAAUAUUAGCGGCAAUGAAGGAAUGUCAUCGAUCACACAGACAAUAUAAUGAAGUAAAUUGCAUAUUAAAAAGACUCCUAGAGAAAGGUAUUAUAGAUAAAAAUGAUUAUAAAAAUGUCAAAUAA